CGGACGCCACCGUGAAGAGGAAGAAAGAUGGCUUUGACAAGCCGCUUGGAUGUGCUUCCACGAGUGACAUGUCCAAACCAUCCCGAUUCUAUUUUGGUGGAAGAUUACAGAGCUGGAGAUAUGAUCUGCCCAGAAUGCGGACUAGUAGUAGGUGACAGAGUUAUAGAUGUAGGGUCAGAAUGGCGAACGUUCAGCAAUGACAAAGCAACCAAAGACCCAUCUCGAGUUGGAGAUACCCAGAAUCCACUGUUAAGUGAUGGAGAUUUGACUACAAUGAUUGGCAAGGGCACAGGUACAGCUAGUUUUGACGAAUUUGGGAAUUCUAAGUAUCAAAACCGCAGGACAAUGAGCAGCUCUGACCGUGCCAUGAUGAAUGCUUUUAAAGAAAUCGCUAGCAUGGCAGACAGGAACAACCUCCCCCGAAAUAUAGUUGAUCAAACAAAUAAUUUAUUCAAGCAAGUGUAUGAACAGAAGAGCCUAAAGGGAAGAAGUAACAAUGCCAUUGCCUCUGCUUGUCUCUAUAUUGCCUGCAGACAGGAGGGUGUUCCACUGACAUUUAAAGAAAUAUGCGCUGUCUCCAGAAUUUCCAAAAAGGAAAUAGGCUGAUGCUUCAAGCUCAUUUUGAAGGCCCUGGAAACAAGUGUGGAUUUGAUCACAACCGGAGAUUUCAUGUCCAGGUUUUGUUCAAACCUGGGUCUUCCUAAGCAAGUCCAGAUGGCAGCAACACAUAUUGCGCGUAAAGCUGUGGAGUUAGACUUGGUCCCUGGGAGGAGUCCCCUUUCGGUAGCAGCCGCAGCUAUUUAUAUGGCUUCACAAGCUUCUGCAGAGAAGAGGACACAGAAAGAAAUUGGUAACAUUGCUGGUGUAGCUGAUGUGACCAUCAGACAGUCCUAUAGACUGAUCUACCCUAGAGCUCCAGAUCUGUUCCCAGCAGAUUUCAAAUUUGACACCCCUGUGGAUAAACUGCCACAACUGUGAAACUCCAAAGGCUACUUCUAGACCCUACAAGAGUUUGAUUUUUGACUUACAAAAGAGGCGUAUAAAGGAAUUAUUACUGAGCCUUCACGUUGCAGAACUGGUUAAAGGAUGUGAAGAAUGCCUAGCAAAGGCAGGAGCAAUCAUUCCAGGUGUAAACAAGAUCAUUUUGUGGCAUCUUUUUCUGUAUAUAUUAGUGAAAGUAACUAUUUAACAACCAUUGCAACAAGCUUGAUUUCCUAUUGUAUGUAUGUAGAUUUCUUUCGUAGAGAUCGCGUAAAAGGUAUUUUGGAAAAUAUUCCAAAUUCUGAUUCCUGAAUAAACUGUUUUCCAAAA